CCUCCUGCUCAACCGCGGACGUUCCCCCCCACCGGCAGCGCCCUCCAUCCCAAUGGAAACCUUAACAAAUGCUUGGACGUUCAAGCCGCUGUGUAUGCGAACGGAACCCCUGUUCAGAUAUACGACUGUAACGGCACCGGAGCGCAGAAAUGGGUUCUCAGCAAGGGCAGCACGAAGAUCCUAGUCGCGGGUACAAAUUAUUGUCUUGAUGCUGGGUCUGCCCCCGCGAACGGCGUCGCCAUGAAAAUAUGGCAGUGCUAUGAUAACCUUGCGGCUCAACAGUGGAUGUAUGGGAAUGAUAAUAAGAUUACUUUGGAGGGGAAAGGACAAUGUCUGGACUUGGAAAGUGGGAACACGAAGAAUGGGGGCAAGGUGCAGACUUGGCAGUGCAGCAAUGGGAAUAAUAACCAGGUGUGGACGAAGUGA